GUUGUACCAUGAAGUGUCCCAGUUACUCAAGUGUUCCCCUGCAGCCAGAGAGCGAGCAGGAAGUGCAGCUCGGGUGCAUCUCGACUCGUCUCAUCAAUGCAGCUUUCAUUCUCCCUCGGUGGGGCAAGAUGGAAGCUGUACAAAAGGACCACUGGUACUUCGUGGUACUCGUCUUUCUUCCCUUUCUGGACGGUGCUGCCCAGCAGAUGAAGGUUCCUACUGUCCAUCUCAAAGAAGGGAUGGUCCUCGACUGUUUGUGCCCCUGGGGCGGCAACCUCAGCAUGGUGUCCUGGACCAAAGUGCCGGAAAAGCACCCGGUCGCCGUUUUCCACCCAGAGUACGGAGUGACCUUCUCCUACCAGUACCGGGAGAGGGUAGAGUUCCUGAGGGAAACGCCUAUGGAUGGAAGUAUUUCCAUGAAGAACGUAACCCACCAGGAUAUAGGGGUCUACCACUGCUCUGUUCAGACCUUCCCCCAAGGUCCCUGGACUAAGAACAUCCAGGUGGACGACUUAGACGAGCCCCCGGACGAAGACGACGUCCCGGCGACCCCCGGCCCGGCGACCCCCGGCCCGGAGGCCAUCGAGGCCGACGCGGAGCUGGUGGCGGAGACCGACGACAACGCGACCAUCCGCUGCGACCGCGAGGACAACAGCACCGCCUCCCAGGUAUUUUUGGAGAAGAUGCCCCACGGCCAGGCCUGGGGCAUCAUUGGCGUGUGCAAAAAAGUGGACGGGGGCCUGCUGAGCGAGGACUACAGCGACAGGGGCACAGUCAGCUGUGCGGACAACCUGGACGUCAGCCUGCACCUGACAGGUGUGACGCGGGAGGACGGCGCCUUCUACCGCUGCAACUUCAGCACGGAGGGCGGGUGGCGGACCACCACUGUGCUGCUCACGGUGUCCCCCCCAGGUGGAUUCAGCCUGUCUGUGUACAUGAUGUAUAUUUACAUCGGGGCUGGGUCAUCUGGGCUUAUUCUACUCAUCGCCAUCAUUGCACUAGCAGUGAAGUACAGGAAGAAGAACAGGAGAGAGGAGUACAGAGUCAAACUGCACCCGUCUCAGAGACAGUCGAACACCUACGUGAACGUCUCGGUGUGUUCAAGGAGCCCAAAGAAGUCAGGAGGGAUCAAAAAUUGCCCGGUCUAUGCCAACCUAGAGAGUGUGCGAUCUCACAAAGGCAAACGUAACCGAAAAUGAGCCUACGUGAAUAUGAUGUAUAAUGUAACAUCAAUGUAUUCACACUCCGUCACUUCCUUCACACUUUAAGGUGUUGCGUACGUUAUUUUCAAUGGAGGAAAUGUAUCUCACAUUAGUAUUCAGACCCUUUGCUCAUGUUCUCUCUAAGUUGUGGCCAGGUGCAUCCUGUUUGCUUUAAUUAUCUUUGAGCUGUAUCAAGAGCUUGAUUGGAGUGCACCUGUGGCCAAUUUCACUGAUUGGACAUAGUUUAGAAAAGGUCUCCCUCUGCGUGUCAGUUUUACCACACAAAUUUGUGCGCGAAAGGUGAAGGGAUCCGUAGACCUUUCGGAAUGAACAUUCAUUGACAAGUGUGGGUUCUAAUAAUUUCUUCUCCCCCCCCCCCCCCCACCAACACGCAGUGAGGGAUCACACUGAUUAAUAUUCACACCAUGGUUUGGCCUGAGUUAACAAGCUGCUGCUCAUGUUAGUCUCAGAGAGCUGUUUUUGUUUAACCCUGUUCCCACUAAUUAAAUGUAGUAUGUACUUUAUAAUUGCUACUGAGAAAAUAUUUGGUUCGUGGAAAAAAAUAUUUGACAGUAACCAUUAUGCAAAGAAAGUAAACAAAAGCCUGUAUAAUCACUCCUUUCACUUCCCCAACCCCCCUAAGUAAAACGAUUGACAAAAGCCUGUGUAAUUGCUCUCCUUUUACUUCCAUCCCUCCUGGUUUCCUUUCAUAGCUUGACAAUGGUGUCUAAUCAUCUAACGGGAAAGAAAGGCAGUCACUCAGCACUGUACCGCCACUUGAGACUGUCGCUUUUCCCCAAAGGGUUCUCCGUCUAGGAUAGCUGCAUUCUACUCCCAGCAUGCUCUUAUUGUGAAAGCUAAACUCUAAUUAUAUAAUCCUGUGCUUUACAGCUCUUUAUACUUUCUCUAUCAACUGUUUAUUGAUGAAUGUGUUGGUUCAUUUUUCUACUUUGCGUUUUGAAAAUGUAAUUGAAGGAAAAAAACUUUUUUUAUGAUGCGCUGUAUUUAUUUUUGUUUGAUUUCAAAGCUUGUCCUAUAGACUUCUGUAAACCAACAUUCAAGGUUCAUGGGAGAAUAUGUGUUGUUUAUGUGUAAUGUGAUUCAUUUAUAUCCAUAGAAAUGGAGGCAGUGGCAGAGGCAGUAAUGGAUAUGCAGGCUAUCCUGCUAGGAAACAAGACAGAUGUGGACAAGCUAGAAAUGCGGAGCAUAGAGGGACAAUAACGUUUGCAACCAUUUUCACCUUCGUUCUCUCAUCUCGCUGUUUCUGGCGAAACCCGUAGAAGCUGCAACUGUUCGCUUGACUGUGACACUUUUAAUGCUGUGUGUUAUCAGCAUUGCCCAAAACUGAUGAGUGUGAUUGUAAAUGAGUCCCACGUGUUCUAAAUAAAACCAUGUCAUAGCCUCUA